ACUGCUGGAAUGUCUAUAGAAGAAAUAGUUCAAGGCAUUUGUAGUCAGGAUGCUCAUCAACAAUUGAUAGCUGCUCAGAAUGCAAGAAAAAUACUUUCCAGGGAGCGUUGUCCACCUAUAGAUGCUAUGAUUGCUACAGGAGUUGUUCCCAUACUUGUACAAUUUCUUUUACGUCAUGAUAAUGUCCCCCUACAAUUUGAAGCUUGUUGGGCGCUAACGAAUAUAGCAUCUGGCAAUUCUGCCCAAACAAGAACUGUUGUUGAGGCAGGAGCAGUCCCUAUUUUUACAAGUUUGUUAUCUUCUCCACAUGCUAAUGUUGCAGAGCAAGCUGUAUGGGCCUUGGGAAACAUUGCAGGUGAUGGUCCUGAAUUAAGAGACUUGGUUAUUAGAAAUAACAUUAUACCUCCACUCCAAGCACUACUGACACCAGACAUUUCACCACUGUUUCGACGCAAUAUUACAUGGACUUUGUCUAAUCUUUGCCGUAAUAAAAAUCCGCCUCCUCCAUUCGACGCUAUCAAAAUGGUCCUGCCUACUUUUGCUGAACUGAUAAAUCACAGUGAUCAAGAAGUGGUCACAGACUCUCUCUGGGCUAUCUCAUACCUGACUGAUGGCUGCAACGAGAAGAUUCAGGAAGUAAUCAACGUUGGUGUCGUUCCACGCCUUUGUGAACUUCUAGAGAUGAGGGAAGUUUCUAUUAUCACACCAGCACUCAGAGCAGUUGGAAAUAUUGUGACUGGAGAUGAUGAGCAAACUCAAACAGUGAUCAGUGCUGGUGCUCUUCAGACUUUAAGGUUUUUGCUUAGGCAUCCCAAAAGUAAUAUUGUGAAGGAAGCCUGUUGGACUGUUUCUAAUAUCACUGCAGGUACGCCUACUCAAAUCCAAGCUGUUAUUGAUAAUGGACUUAUGGGUCUUGUCAUUGAUGUUCUUAAUGAGGGUGAUUAUAAAAGCCAAAAGGAAGCCAUCUGGGCUGUUUGUAAUUUCACAUCAGGUGGUACAAUAGAACAGAUUAUAUUUUUGGUCAGAGCUGGUGUCAUCCCACCUGUUUGUAACCUUCUUGCUGUUAAGGAUUCAAAAAUUCUAACUGUAGCUUUGGAUGCCAUAGCUAAUAUUCUAAAUGCUGCUACCAAAGUAGGUGCAACAGAAAGUGUCUGCUGCUUUAUUGAACAAUGUGGUGGAUUGGACAGGAUUGAAAAUUUACAACACCAUGAGAACCCAGAAGUGUAUAAAUCAGCAUUUACGAUCAUAGACUCUUACUUUACAGGAGAGGAGGAAGAAGAUGAAGAUAUUAAACCAGAAGUAGAUGAAACCGGUGCUUAUGAGUUUAGUGGUCCCAAUGCUGCACCCAAUGGAGGAUUUUCAUUUUAAUAAUUAGUUUUCAUAUAAAAAGGUUUUUAAAAUGUGAUUUCAGAUUAGAGUCUAGCCUUUGCCUGUUGUACAGCUCACAUCAUUCCUUAAAUGAACUGUUUUAUAAUUGUAUCAAAUGAAUCUCUAAAAUGGAGCCGCCAUCUGCUGGGCAGAAUUGAAUUUUUUUUUCUCUUGAAAAUUAUACGAGCUGACAUUAAAGACUGACUGCUGUUAUGUAUAUACGUAAAUAUAUAUAAGUCAACGGUUUUGUUAUUUAAGUGAAUUCACUGACAGUCUGAAAAAAUUAAUUUUAUAUUUGUUUGAUUGGCUUAAACUACGUGUUUGAUACUUAUAUUUAUGAAUUUGCUUAAAGCUUAUAAUUCUGCUUCUGUAUUCUUUUUUAAAAUUGUGUUUAUAUUGUGAUAGCUUAGGCCCUCUAAUUUUUUUUUCUUCAUGUGAACUAAGACUGUUUCCUUAUGUUAUGAUAUAAGGCAUUCUUUGAAAAGCAUUUCUGAAAGCAGCUUGAUUGGAAUCUUCUAACAUUUAAUAAGUUUUUAAAUUUUAAUAACAUGAAGUUGGUUACUGUAUUGUGAUAUUUAACUCUUUGAGUUUUAGUUCGAAUUCAAAUGUAAAAAUUUUGCCAAUAAUAAAAACUUAAAUUUUUCCCA